GGAAAGGCGAAACGAAUCGGAAUGUCUCCCACCGCGGCACGGCGCAAGAAACCCCGAUCCCCCUCACUCACUCACGCUCCCAUCCCAUGCAUCAUCGCCAUGCCAUGCCAUGGAUUCCUCCCGUGCGGCGUCUCCCAACCCAAGUUCCUAACCCCACCCACACCCAUCAACCCCAAUUCCUUCCUCUCCCACCAACGCAACCACAUAUUCUGUCGUCGCCGUUACCUAGACGGCUAGACGCAGGUAGAGACCGACCGGCCCCAUAUAUACCAUACGUGACUGGGCAACAUCGUAUCACUGGCUUAGCUAGCAAUCUGCAGGUGAAUUAAUUGGGCACUAACAUCACCAGCAUCAAAUCAAGUGAGGAUUUCACAAUGCGGCCGGCCGUGACGCACGACGACCUGUCCCUCCGCAAGGCGCAGGAGCGCCGGGCGGGGCGCUCCGGCAGCCAGAUCGCCGUCGGCCUCGUCGCGCUCUCCGUGCUCUGCGGCCUCGUCAGCUUCAUCCUCUGCCUCGCCGCCGAGGGCUCGCGCUCCGAGGUGUCCAACUACCUGAUGACCGUGGCCGGGAGCGGGGCGCAGGUGGAGCUGUGCUUCUACAACGGCAGCGGCCGCUCGGCGCUCGCCUUCUCCAUCGGCGCCUUCCUGCUGCUGGCCGUCGCCAUGUUCGCCGUGCACGCCUACAUGCUGCUCGCCGUCGCUUCGCCGGACUCCGCCGCCGCAGGCCUCGCCGUCGCUGAGGACCACCCCCGCGUGUCCUCCGCCACCAACACCCUCACCUGGCAAACCUGCUGCCUCUUCUUCGUCACAUGGAUUUGCUUCGGGCUCGCGGAGGUGCUGCUCAUGAUCGGGAUCGGGGUAGAGUCCGGCCACGUCAGCGACUGGCGGAGGCCGCGGCAGGUGUGCCACCGGGUGCGCCCGGGGAUGUUCGCGGCGGCGGGGAUACUGGGGCUCAUCACCGUCGUCGUCGGCUUCGUCGUCUACGUGACCGCAGUGCACACGCAGAAGCUGCUGCGGCAGCACGGCGGCGGCCACUACGCCCCGCACCCCGGCAGCGCCCCCUACCCCAGCGGUGCACCAUACCCCGGCGUCCAGCAGCACCACCUGCAGCCGCCGGUGUCGUACCCACCACACCCGGCCCCGCACCCACACCCUCAUCCGGCGCCGAAUGCGCCGGAGAUCACGGCCGCCGCUUGCCAGGUUCAGUCCAGCAACGCGUGGUGCAUCACCAAGGACAAGGAGUACACCGAUGUUUAAAAGCCUAAGCCAAUGAAUGGUAAGAAGUGCAGAGACAAUGAGCCUGACGCAAUGAAUGGUCAAACAAGAGCAGAGACAAUGCACGUAAAAUUCCUUUUCGUUUUCGAACAAUUGCUUGCUCAUUUGUGAUAUAAGUAGCAAUUGGAUUAUUAUUCGCUGAUAUGUAAAACAAUUUGUUUGUUCAAGGACAAUAUUCAUGUUUUAACUUGUUAA